AUGCAGCUGCAUCAACAACAACAACAACAACAGCUUCAACUCCAACAGCAACAGCAGCAGCACCAACAACAGCAGCAGCACCAACAACAGCAGCAGCAGCUUCAACAACAAAGACAGCAGCAGCAGCAGCAAUUGCAACAACAACAACAACAACAACAACAACAACAACAACAGCAACAGCAACAGCAAUUGCAGGCGGCACAGCUACAGCAGCAGCAGCAACAACAACAACAGCAACAGCAACAAUAUAGAUUGGUUACCAUUGAAGAUGAAAAGAUCUAUGCUCUUGUCUUGGAACUCACUCACCCUGCUAACCGUGAACAAGCUCUAUUGGAAUUGAGCAAGAAGCGUGAGCAAUUUGAGGAAUUGGCCCUAGUGCUGUGGCACUCUUAUGGCGUCAUGGCUGCUUUAUUGCAAGAAAUCCUCUCUGUUUAUCCCCUGUUGGCUUCUUCUGGAUUGACAGCCCAAGCAUCCAACCGUGUCUGCAAUGCCCUGUCUUUGCUUCAAUGUGUCGCAAGCCAUCCUGAGACUAGAGGGUUGUUCCUGAACGCACACAUCCCAUUGUUCUUGUAUCCAUUUCUGAACACGACUAGUAAAACUCGCCCGUUUGAGUACUUGCGCCUAACUAGCUUGGGUGUCAUCGGAGCAUUGGUCAAAAACGACAACACAGAGGUGAUCACGUUCUUACUUUCGACCGAAAUCAUCCCUCUUUGCCUUCGCAUCAUGGAAACAGGAAGUGAACUGUCUAAAACGGUGGCCAUCUUUAUCGUCCAACGCAUCCUACUCGACGACAUGGGCUUGGCUUAUAUUUGUCAAACCUAUGAACGCUUUUAUGCUGUUGGGGUUGUUCUCAGCAACAUGGUCCACCAAUUGGUAGAUACCAUGGCCGUCCGACUCUUGAAACAUGUUGUGAAGUGUUAUCUCCGUCUCUCAGAUAACCCCCGGGCUCGUGAAGCCUUGAGACAAUGUCUUCCUGAACCCCUUCGAGAUGCAACAUUUGCACAGGCACUCAAAGACGACAUGACCACAAAACGAUGCCUUGCUCAAUUGUUGAUCAAUUUGGCAGAGAACACUCCCUCCAAUGGAAACAUCAACGGCCUCAUCAAUUAG